AUGAGGAUUCACAUUCUGAACUCCGCUCUCCUAGUCUGUCUCUUGUCCAGUUCCGGACAAACAUUCGAAACUGGGCCCCAGAACACUGACAGAGGCUCAAGGCAAACUCACUUCCAUCCAGUGGGGCUCGCGUUAGGUAGUCAACCGUCAAUUAAUGGUGGAACUUUCCACCAAUUCUCAUUAAAUCAGAGCGUACCAUUCGCGACCUUAGACUAUGGCGUUGAGGUUGCUGGCUAUCCGUCAUUUGAGAUCAAAUCUGUGUCAGGUCCGGUGCAGAUUGAGGUCAAAUACUCCGAAGAAGCGUCAGGACUCAGUCAAAACUUCUCGGAUGGGCCGUUUCCCUACGCGGUUGCACUCGCAAACACGUAUCGAGUCGAGACGUUUGAAAUCACAAGACCAGGACGAAUCGACGCCUUCCUGCUCCAAGGUGGCCAAAGAUGGCAGUCGAUUAAGCUCAUCACAAAGGGCAGUGUUACUUUCAAAUCGGUCGGCUUUACUGCAAGCGUCCCGGUUGUCGAUGUGGAUGAUCUCCCUGGAAGUUUCUUAUGCGACGAUGAAGUUCUUAAUGAGAUUUGGAAGCUUGGGGCAAGAGCCGCUAGUAUGUCAUGCGUAGAAUCUGGAAGUCAAAAGACCAUGUGGGAGAUUGACCGUAAGAAUGGUGCAUUCGUUCGAGGUAUGCGAUCAGGCAUCACUGCCUUGGGGGCCUUCUUUGAGAAUUAUACACUGGAAUUCGACACAAAGGUCGACAAAGGUGGCAUUGGCUGGACCGUGGCAUUCCCACUUGCCUCGCCUGCCCAGGGUAUUCAACUUAACUUAGUCGCCGACAAUCAACCAUACGCAAACGCAAACAAGACCUUGAUGCGUCCAAACUCGAUUCUCUUCGGCUACGGCUACUCGUUCGUCAAUGUUACGACGCUUCCAUCAUGGCAUCUAGACACGUUCAAGGUGCCUUUUUCUGUCAAGGACAACAAGUGGUAUAGAGUCAAGACUGUCCUCAAUGGCAAAAGCAUCUCCGUGUCUAUAGACAAUGUUGAGAUUUUUGAUGUUCCACUGAGCAGCUACCCAGUUGGCUCCAGCCGAUUUCCAAGUGGCAUCAUUCCUAGCAAGGGUUCAUUUGGCUUCGGCGGCUGGCAGGACCAAGCGGGUUACUUCAAAAACGUUGUUGCCUACGACACUGCGAACAAAACUGAGAUAUAUCGGAACCCCCUGACAGAUGCUUCCGAAGAUGGUGUGGUGAGAGAAUACGGCGUCCGUGCCAAUUAUAAGGGCGCCUGUCUGGACGGCCCAAAGCGUGAUCGUCUCAUUUGGCUAGGCGAUUUCCUGCAUACCGUCCGGGUCAUUGGAGCCAGCACUUCGAGAUUUGACUUGGCUCGAGAGACUCUCCAGACUCUUCUUGAUUGGCAAACGUCGAGUGGGCUGCUUCCCUACGCUCCUCCGCUUGGGUAUGAUCCUGUGGAGGCAUCGUACGCCUUCGCUCGGGGUGGAGCAUCUUACUUCAUGGGCCAAGAAGUGUAUGGAAUUAUUCUACCCGACUACCAGAUAUUAGGCAUAUUGUCUUUUACAGAGUAUGUUCGGAUGACCAACGACUUGAAAUUCGCAAAGAAGACUUGGUCUCAGUGGAGGUCUAACUUGCAAUACCUCACGAGCAACAUUGCCUACAAGACCACUGGACUACUCUCAUUGCCUGGGGCAUUCCUAGGCCCUUCCCAUGAGGGCUCUGCAAUUAAUUGUGCCCUCUUGCAGGCCUUGUCACAGAUGGCUGAUGUCGCAACAGCUAUCAACGAGAAAUCAGAUGCAAACAACUACCGAGGACUAGCGAGGAACCUGACACUGGCUGUGAAUGAUCAUCUCUGGAAUGAGAAACGUGGUUCAUACAGCACCUCAACCACCGAUUCAGAUGGGGUCUCUGUCAACAGUAUUGCGUUCUGUAUCACGUCAGGAGCUUCCAGCCGGGUCAAGGCGGCUCGUCUUCUUGCAUCACUCGAGGGUCUGGAGCUUCACCCUGGAUACAAGGAUUCAACUGCCAGCGAUUCAUCUGAUCCUGAUGUCAAUAUUUCACCAAAUACGAAUGGGUUUCUACUUUCGGCUCUCCUCGUUCAAGAUUCAGCAGCUGCAGCAACCACGUCGAUGAGUCUGAUCAAGAGCCUAUGGACCCCGAUGAUAUCAAACAAGGAAACAAGUACCGGAGCUAGCUGGGAAUACGUGGGUCAAACAGGCAACCCUGGCCUAGGACUUUUUACCAGUCUCUCGCAUCCUUGGGGUGGCGCUCCAACCUACAUCUUAACUCGUGCGGUGGCAGGUAUCCAGCAAGCUGAGGGUGUGGAUGGCUUCGGGUAUAAGAACUGGGUCAUUUCUCCUCAAAUGGGACUUCAUAUGGGCCUUAAACGAGCGACAGCAAAAGUCUUGACGGCAUUUGGUACCCUUGAAGUCAAAUGGCAACUGAGUGGCGGCGUUUUGAAGGUUACAAUCAGGGCUCCCAGCAAAACAAGAGGUGUCUUCAAGCUUGGAAACACAAUCAAGAGACUUUCAGGGAGGGAUUACUAUAGUUUUACCGCAAAAUUGUAG